GCCAAAUUGAAGGUCGUGUUCCAGAAGGAAGUCUGUGUCGAAGGCGAGGUUUCCUGCACUUGCGGCGGCUACAACAGCUUUUGAAUCCACUGUCGUGGGAAGCCCAAAAAAAAAAAAGAAGAAUUAAGGUGCCACUGUCAGCCUCUCCUUUGCUGCCAACGUCCUCCUGCAGACUUCCACAACCAUCGGCUCAUUGCACAUCUGAGAAUCCUCGCUUUCCUGCGUCAUCCCAUUGGUCCGAGUCAGCGCAGUGUGCCACCCCUCCGGCCCCGUCGUCAGCAAGUGCACGCCGGGCCAAGGCUCUCCAUCGCCUCGCCCCGCCGCGCCGCGCCUCGCCACCGCCCGGUUGCCGACCCCCUCUCUUACGUCGCUACACCUGCCGGCGUCACGGGGGGUCCAGCCGGUGAGAGAGAGCACGAGGACACCGCCUGCUUGCAUGCCGUGUGGGGAUUUUCUACAGGGGAGGAGCCAUUUGUGUAAUGCGACGCGCACAGCGAGGGGGCUGGCCGCAGAUCUGAAAAGUACUCCAGUACAAUCAGGAGGAAGAAGAAUCUCUGUGAAGCCGUAUUAGCCAUGUUCCCCUCGUGACGGGGGUCACCUCUCGGUCAUCGCCGUCGCUCCCUCUCUUUGUUCGCCGCUCCAGCCGCCCACCAUGAAGAGGCCCAAGCAGCAGACGGGGGGCCCGCUCAGCUUCCUCAACUUCUUCAGCCGGAAGCCCAAAUCGGAAGGGCGGCCCGAAAAGCCCGCCGAGGCUCGGCCGAAAGAGGAGGUGGCCAUCGCGCUCACCCCCAGCCAACAUGGGCCGCAACGGGAAGAGACUGCCGAAGAGUCUGGUCAAGGGAGACUUUGCGGAGCGGAAAGCGCCGACAGCGCCGCCGCGCCCGCGGAGGAUGCCGUUGAGUCGACGCCGUCCGGCCCGCCGGCCGCCACGGGCUCCACUGACGUCCUGUCGCUGUCCUGGUCCGGCCAGGACCCGCCGGUGGCGGACGAGCACCUAGAGGAGUGCCCGCUGUGCCUGCUUAGCCAGCCGGCGCAGUGCUUCCCCAGACUGCUCAGCUGCCCCCACCGCACCUGCGGCGACUGCCUGCGGCGAUACCUGCGCAUGGAAAUCUCCGAGAGCCGGGUGGCCAUUGCGUGCCCGCAGUGUCCCGAGGCCCUGACGCCGCUGGAUGUGCGCACCAUCCUGGAUGACCCGGUGGUGCUGGAGAGGUUCGAGGAGUACCACCUGCGGCGCUUCCUGGCCGCCGACCCGGACACGCGCUGGUGUCCCGCACCGGACUGCAGCUACGCGGUGAUCGCGUACGGCUGCGCUGAGUGUCCCAAGCUGCGGUGCGGGCGCGACGGCUGCGAUACCGACUUCUGCUACCACUGUCGCCAGCUGUGGCACCCCAACCAGACCUGUGACCAGGCGCGGCGCCAGCGUGCGCGCCACGCUUUGGACGGCGCCACGGCCGCCACGGCCGCUGCGCUCUACGUCUUCAAUGAAGAACCCGGAGGAGAUGCGGAGGAGAUCAAGCCGUGUCCCCGCUGCGGCGCUUACAUCAUGAAGACCAACGACGGCAGCUGCAACCGCAUGAACUGUACCGUGUGCGCUUGCCAGUUCUGCUGGCUGUGCAUGCAGGAGAUCACCGACGUCCACUACCUCAGUCCCUCAGGAUGUACCUUCUGGGGCAAGAAGCCCUGGUCUCAGACCCGCAAAGUUCUGUGGCAGGUGGGCAUGUUGCUGGGCGCCCCCGUGAUCAUCUCGCUCAUCGCCGGCCUUGCCAUUCCCGUCAUCAUCGUGGGCAUACCCAUCUACAUGGGCCGAAAGGUCCACGGUCGUUGCAAGAAAAACAAUAUCUCAGGAAGUAAGCACUACUUGACGGUGGCGAGCGGCGUGAUGAUGUCGGUGUUUGUCUCGCCCGUCAUCGCGGCUGUCACAGUGGGCGUGGGCGUCCCGCUCAUGUUGACGUACGUGUACGGGGUGGUGCCCAUGUCGCUGUGCAGGAACGGUUGGUGUCGACAGCCCGCCGACGCUCCCGACGCGCUGGAGGACCUCGCCAGCUAUCUUCUGUUCUCUCACAUGGUGAGCGAGCACUGGCGGGCUCAAAGCAGCCCCACGCUGGCCGACACCAGCGUGCGGGAGGUCAGCGCGCAGGAAGCGCUUGCCCCCCACCCGCUCCCCAGUGCGGCGGCGGCGGCGGCGGCGGCGGCGGCGGCGGCGGCGGAGGAGUCCCCCCGAGAGGACGGACAGUCAGAGUGCAACGGUGGUUCCAGGGACGGAGCCAACAUCGAAGUGCGCGUGGAGAUCGAGAGGCAGCCCCGAGGCGCUCGCCAGUCCAGCCUCAGCAGCAUCCUGUCCAGCCGCAGUUUGUCCAGCGAGUCCCUGGGACGCUUGGCGAGGGGAGACGGUAACGCUUUCCCCGUCUUUGAAUCGGAAGACGUAUGACUCGCCCUUAAAACGGGGGCGCUGAUGGACCCUUACGGCCAACUUCUGCUUCCCUCCCACCAGAUGCCUUUAAGUGGAAGCGACACGCUAACGAAUAAUAUGUAGGUGUGUGUGACAAGGGUGGGCAAAAUUUGGCCCGCCGUGUUCUUGAAAUGACUCGUAGCAUCCCGAAAAUCCAAGGUGGCGGGCGGUUGGAUGCAAACGUUUGCCCGCCCCUGUUUGAAGCAAUUUGGAGAGCGUCCAUUUUGUGAUGAAAGCUCACAGUAACAUUUUAGCAUGUCAGCCUUCCUCGUUGGGCUACUUCACCCGUUUAGCACCCCUUUAACAAUAAAACGGGCCCCUUGCAA